UAUUUCUCCUCCUGUUCUUGCUGCUCCUUCCCCAGUUCCUCCUCCUGCACACACGGCCGGUGGCGCAGCUCACAGACGCCCUGGGCAUUGCUUGGUUUUGUUCUCUGUCGGUUUCAUUGUCCAGAGUUCCUGUCGCUGUGCCUGCUGCUUCCUCAUUGGUUUUCUCCAACACAGAUUUGAAGGCCUUUGGAGGCUGAAUAACCAAGUUGCUGUGUAGUUCCAUCACUGAAAAAUUCUGACAGCUUCAUCUCUGCUUCCAAACUGAUAUUGUAGCCUUUGAAGAAAAGCCAUGGCCUUAGCUACCACUAUCAAGAAGAUGAGGGAGGAAGCCAUGUGCUCCAUCUGUUUGGAGAUGAUGACAGAGCCCUUGAGCAUCGACUGUGGGCACAGCUUCUGCUGCCAGUGCAUAGAGGGCACACUUGAGAACCUACAAGUGACAUCAUCCCUGAGGGAGCCCCAAUGUCCCCUGUGCCGGGCACCAUUUCAAAGGGAAAGUCUCCGAUCCAACAAGCAACUGGAAAACCUCAUUCAGACCGUUAAGGAGAUAGACAGUGAGAGGCUGUGUGAGGAGCAUGGGGAGCAGCUCCGCCUGUUCUGUGAGGAUGAUAUGAGGCUCCUCUGCUGGCGCUGUGAGCGCUCCCCCCAGCACAGCGGACACAGCAUGGCUCUUGUGGAGGACGUAUGUCCAGGCUACAAGGAAAAGCUCCAGAAAGCUGUGACAAAACUGAGGGAACAAGAUGACCAAUGUCAGGGUCUGAAGUUGAUCACGAAGAAACAAAUAAGAAAAUGGCAGGAGAAGAUAAAGCUCCAGAGAAAGAAAAUCCAGUCUGACUUUGAGAAUCUGCACAACUUCCUCCGUGUUGAGGAGAAAUGUUAUCUGUGGAGACUGGAGAAAGAAAAAGAGCAGAUUCUGAAGAUUCUGCAGGACAGUGAGGCGAGUCUGGAAAAGCAGAGCCAGGAACUCAAGAGCCAUAUCCGGGAACUAGAGAAGAAAUGUCAAGGCCCAGCCCAGGAUUUGCUGCAGGAUGUGAAAGACACCUUGAGUGGGAGUGUGGCUGUGGAGCUGGAAGUGCCAGAGGCCGUCUCUCUGGAGCUUCACACUGUGUGUAAUGUUCCUGAGCUAUACUUGGAUGUGAAGAAAAUGCUAAAGAGCUACCAAGUCAGCGUGACACUGGAUGCAGAUACAGCUCAUGUUGGCCUAACUGUGUCUAAGGAUCGAAGACAAGUGGCUUGUGGAGAUGCCCAGAUGAAGCUUAGCACUUCCAGAAGAUUUAGUGUGUUACCCUGUGUCCUGGGCUGUGAGGGCUUCACCUCUGGAAGGCAUUACUUUGAGGUGGAUGUGGGAGAAGGAACUCAGUGGGACGUAGGAGUUUGUCUGGAAAAUGUGUGCCGGGCAUCUGCGAGGAAUCUCAAAUUUCAGUCUGAAGUCUGGGCCAUCAGGCUCUGCAAAGGGAACCACUAUGCAGCCCUGACCUCACCCCCAACUUCCCUUUCUCUGAGAAAGCGGCCCCUGGUUGUGGGGGUUUUCCUGGACUGUGAGGCCGGACUUGUGUCCUUUUACAACAUGCCGACUGGCUCCCACAUCUUCACCUUCCCGAAGGCCUCCUUUUCUGAAACUCUCCGACCCCUUUUCCAGGUUUAUCCAUGUUCUCCUCUAUUCCUGCCUCUACCAGAUGAGUAAACAGGAAUUGCCUCUUUCUUGAGAUGGACAUGCUGGGUCUGAUGAAGAUACUAGAUAGAGAUAAAAAUAGUUUUGCUACCAUCCAAUGCAG